UAAAGGCCAUAUAAAGUGGACGGGAUGCGCAUCCAUCCCUCAGUCAGCUGCCUCCAGCUCCGGGAGGGUUCACGAGCACGAGCGGAAGUCUCCGAGCAUCACCUGCCAGACCAUGUCUCCCACAAUGCAGUGCGCCCCGACCGAGCUGCGCGCGUCUAGAGAAGCGGUGACGCGCUGCAGGUUCUCCGCGGUCCGCAGUGGCGUGAAGGAAGCCGGCGACACCGGGAGCACCGGCGAUACCGGCGACACCGGGCAUACUGGGUACACCGGGGUCACCGGGCACACGGAUGACCCCGCGCCGCUGGCCGCGGCCUCCUCGGUGACUACCCUCAGACCCCGGUGUGAGAAGCCCGGUCCGCGCGGCCGCCGCCGGUCGAAGGCCAACGACCGGGAGCGCUCGCGCAUGCACAACCUGAACUCGGCGCUGGACGCGCUGCGGCGGAUCCUCCCGGCGCUACCGGAGGACGCCAAGCUCACCAAGAUCGAGACGCUGCGCUUCGCCCACAACUACAUCUGGGCCCUGAGCGAGACUGUGCGCAUGGCCGCGCCGCACGGGCACGCGCCGGACUACCUGGUGCCGGUGGGCUCCGGCCCGGGCAUCCCGGCCAGCGUCUCCUCCGCGGAGUGGGACUCGGGGUCCUCCUCAGAGACCCCCGCCGCCUGCGACCCGAGAAACUGUUACGCGCAUCCGAAGAAGUGCACGAUGCCCGGGUUCCUCCCGGUUACCGUGUACUUCAAGUCCAGCUGCGGGGACGAGGACCCGCGGAGCACCUGGCGCUUCUGACCGUUACUCCGUUACUCCGAGGAACUU